AUGCUGCAUACGUCCGCUUCGGCAGUCGUUGUCACAAUCAUCUUACUCGCCACCAUCAGUGCUGUCGCCGUUUUCUGCCGUCUCUUCUCUCGCUUUUUCCUCGUCCACAAUGGCGGCGUGGAGUCGGUGUUCCCCCGAACGCAUCCCUCAGCGCGACCAGGCUGAUCUUGUGCGUGUCUAGUGACUGGAUCAUGCUCCUCGCUUUGGUUUUCGCGAUAGCCAUGGGCGCGGCCAUCGGCAUGCAAGUUCGAUUCGGACUCGGGCAGCCAACUCAUGCAAUCUCGCCAUCGGAGCACGAGCAUUUCAUGACAGCCUUUUGGGCAUCAAUAUGGCUCUAUCAUAUUGCUGUCGGAUCCGCGAGAUUCGCCAUCAUCUUCCAGUGCAUGCGCAUAUUCCCGCAGGAAGCCUUUGGGCCUGCCAAAUGGUUGAUGGGAUCUGUACUGGUAAGGUGGAAGACUCCGGCCAACAACUCAGCUGACGCAUGCCCAGAUUUGCAAUGGCAUUGUGACGCUCUGGACAACAUUCGGCACCAUCUUCACCUGCGUUCCGCCUUCGGACUUCUGGAAAAAGGACGGCAGAAGCGGCAACUGUUUCAAGAAGAUCAACUUGUGGGUCGCAAACAGCACUCUGGGAAUGAUACUCGAUUUCGCCGUGGCGAUGCUUCCCAUACCCUGGAUCCAACAGCUCCGUCUCCCUCGAAGGCAGAAGAUCCUCCUCGGCAGCGUAUUUGUGCUCGCCGGACUUCCAUGUCUCCUUGCUGUCAUCAGGCUGCAGUCCUUGAUCGUCGUCGCAUAUGCCAAAGACCCAGCCUGGGAUAACCCGACCUUGGCUUGCUUCAGCGCAAGCGAAGUAUACAUUGGAAUCGUUUUCGCUUGCUUACCCACGCUCAAGGCCUUCUUUACCCGUAUACGGGGGCGCAUAGCUGGAUCACCAAUCUACCACAAGACGAAGCGAGCUUGCCAGUGCUGCCACAUCUCUUCACUUGACAGCGACGGAGCGGGGUCACAAGACCGCAAAUCUCAGGGUUGCCUCGCCUGCUUUCGGCUCAGUAGACGACGCCGUGCGUUCAGUCCCAGCGAAUUUGAAAAUACGAUACAUUUAGUCGACAGCCCACUCAAUAAUCGCCUCGGUAACGAAGCAAUAAGAGUUGUUCGGGUUGUGGAACAAAACGUCGAGAUAGCGAGCGAGUUCGCCAAGCCGGAAAGAGCGCUGGUGAAAUACGACCGAUUCGAUUAUUCGCACGACAGGAGCUCGGCAACGACGCUCUCAGCGGAUGCCGUGCAAAGCUCAAGACAGACGCAAGAGUGGGAAAAUGAGGCGGUGAGUGGUGGAUUGAAGAGGGUGGAAGCGGAGCAUUGGGAGUUACGACCGGGCGGAUGA